AUGGACUCAUCACUGUUCUCCGUGGAGGGACUCGAUGGAGCAUUCAGUGCUGAUUUCCUCAGUCUGGGGCUUUCUGCGGUGGGUCUUGGAGUGAUAUCUCAUGUGUCAAUUUUCCGCACUUUGCCAGUAGAGGAAUAUCUCUAUGGACUUCUUGGUCUGUAUAUCGUGUCGCUUUGUUUGAUCACGCUCGCAUACAUCUCCGUCACAAAUCUUGCGUUGUUGCAGGUACUGAUACGCGUGGGUUGGAUUGCUUUCACAUUCAACGUGGCCCUUACGUCAAGUAUUGGAAUUUAUCGAUUAUUCUUCCACCGUCUUCAUCACUUUCCAGGCCCUGUGCUUUCUAAACUGUCCCGGUUUUAUGAUGCCUACCUUGCAGGGAAAAACGUCCAAUAUAAUAUGGAAAUUGAGAAGCUGCACGACACAUACGGCGAUUUUAUUCGAACUGGUCGGUCUGACAUAAUCGACCGCGGGAGAUCUGCAUUGUUCGGAAAUCCGCCGUACCGUUGA